ACAACGGCUACGUUCAUCAUAGAUUCAUAGCCGUUGAUGUGCAAUAAACAAAAACACGCUCGUCGAGGCAAUAGUUCGCCCCCCUCUUUCCACUUUCCAGUUGGAGACUGAAAGUGAGAAUUGAAGAAAUUGUCCAUUUCUUAAACACUGUUUGUUGAAUCAAUAGCCAUUAACCAGAUCUUCCCCAUUUCUUGCUCGUCCCAAAUCUUAGGGUUUCUUUUGAUCAAGCACUACAAACAUCUCUGCAGCUUUUUUAGAAAAUGAAUCUCAACAUCUUCAAGAAGAAAACUUCGCCUAAAGAUGCGCUGCGAACAAGUAAAAGAGAAAUGGCGGUUGCCACAAGAGGCAUUGAACGUGAAAUUGCAUCUUUGCAGAUGGAGGAGAGGAGAUUAGUGGCAGAGAUCAAGAAAACUGCUAAAACAGGAAAUGAGGCUGCAACAAAAAUCUUAGCUCGACAAUUAGUUCGGCUUCGGCAGCAAAUCACAAACUUGCAGGGCAGCCGUGCCCAGAUCAGAGGUGUGGCAACUCACACACAGGCCUUGUAUGCUAGCACUUCAAUUUCAACUGGCAUGAAAGGAGCAACCAAAGCUAUGUCUGCUAUGAACAAGCAAAUGCAACCUGCAAGACAAACUAAAAUGAUCAGAGAAUUCCAGCAACAGGCAGCGCAGAUGGACAUGACGAUUGAAAUGAUGUCUGAGGCAAUUGACGAGACACUAGACAAAGAUGAGGCUGAAGAAGAAACCGAAGAACUUACUAACCAGGUCCUUGAUGAGAUCGGGGUUGACAUUGCUUCACAGCUAUCUUCAGCUCCAAAGGGGCGGAUUGCAUCAAAGAAAGUCGAGAAUGCUGCCCCAAGCGCUGCUGCGUCGACUGAUGUUGAGGACCUCGAGAAAAGGCUGGCGUCUCUUCGACAUAUGCAGAGCCAAGUUGUUUGCAGUGGGUGUAGAACCGUCCUUCUUUACCCGAGCGGAGCUACAAAUGUUUGCUGUGCAGUUUGCAAUAUGGUUACUUCUGUGCCACCACCUGGGAUGGAAAUGGCUCAAUUGAUAUGUGGAGGCUGUCGCACCUUGCUUAUGCAUGCUCGUGGAGCAACCAGUGUCAGGUGUUCCUGCUGUCACACUGUAAAUCUUGUGCCAGCUGCCGCGCCUCCUAAUAAUGUUGCUCAUGUCAACUGUGGAAAUUGCCAUACUAUGCUGAUGUAUCCUGCUGGAGCACCAUCAGUAAAAUGUGCCAUUUGUCACUUCAUCACUAAUGUUAAUAUGGGCGAUACGAGAGUCCCCAUUCCUGUAAAUAGACCUGCGGUGAACUCCAAUUCUGCACCAACGCAAUCUACUUCUACAGUAACAACAGCCCAUUCUCAUAAUCAAACGGUAGUGGUGCAGAACCCCAUGACUGUUGAUGAAAGUGGCAAGUUGGUGAGCAAUGUCGUUGUUGGCGUCACGACAUAAGAUGUAUGUCAAUGUAAAAGUACGUUGGAAGCCUAGUCGGCUACAAAAACAAGCAUAUAGAGAGAGAUCCUGUGCAUAUUGUGGCUAUGAUUAAAAUAAAAUUUGUUGUAAAGUACCAGAGGAAAACUGGACUAUUUUGCACUAUAUAUAGCGUGCUUCAUUUUGCUACCCAGGAAUUGUAUGUUGUGCCUGCAGCUUAGCAGAUUGAACACUUAUAAUAUAUUUGUAAGUAAAAUGUAUGCUUGGAAUGCUUUGGUUGUUCA